GACUGUUUCCGACCUCCGCCUUUCCCUCUAGCGAGGAAGAGACAGGACUUCGUGCGCAUGCUCGGAAUCAUCCGCCGAGGGGCGGGGCCGCAACUGAGGGAGCAGGAUGGGGGGAAGAGAAGGGAAUUCCAACUUGUAGAACUUUGGGGGUCCUAUGGUCGGGUUCCUCCCGGCGGCUGUGGAUGGUGAAAGGGGCGGGGCCUUUGGGGACAACAGCUCGGACGAUGAAGAUGAGGUUCGAGUCGCGCUGGUGGUGCACCCAGGUACCGCCCGGCUGGGCAGCCCGGACGACGAGUUCUUCCAGAAGGUCCAGACAAUUCGGCAAACUAUGGCCAAACUGGAGAGUAAAGUCCGGGAGUUGGAGAAACAGCAGGUCACCAUUCUGGCCACGCCCCUUCCCGAGGAGAGCAUGAAGCAGGGCCUCCAGAACCUGCGCGAAGAGAUCAAACAGCUGGGGAGAGAGGUCCGGGCACAGCUAAAAGCCAUAGAGCCCCCGAAGGAAGAAGCUGAUGAGAAUUAUAACUCAGUCAACACAAGAAUGAAAAAAACCCAGCACGGGGUCCUGUCGCAGCAGUUUGUCGAGCUCAUCAACAAGUGCAACUCAAUGCAGUCGGAGUACCGCGAGAAGAACGUGGAGCGCAUCCGCAGGCAGCUGAGAAUCACCAAUGCUGGGAUGGUGUCUGAUGAGGAGCUGGAGCAGAUGCUGGACAGCGGGCAGAGUGAAGUGUUCGUGUCCAAUAUACUGAAGGACACACAAGUGACACGCCAGGCCCUGAAUGAGAUCUCAGCACGACACAGUGAGAUCCAGCAGCUGGAGCGCAGCAUCCGGGAGCUCCAUGAGAUCUUCACUUUUCUAGCGACCGAGGUGGAGAUGCAGGGGGAGAUGAUCAACCGGAUUGAGAAGAACAUCCUGAGCUCAGCAGACUAUGUGGAGCGUGGGCAAGAGCAUGUCAAGAUGGCCCUAGAGAACCAGAAGAAGGCGAGGAAGAAAAAAGUCAUGAUUGCCAUCUGUGUUUCUGUCACUGUGCUCAUCUUGGCGGUCAUCAUUGGCAUCACCAUAACCAUUGGAUAAUACCACAUGUUCUUGGCACUGGGAGAAGCAGAGACCCAGCGUCUGUGGAGGCAGGGCAGGCCUCCAGCCGAACCCACUCUCACGCUGGCCCUGUGCAGAGGGCAUAUGGCUCUUGUGGGGCUGGCAGCUGCUCAUUCCUGGAGUCCUCCCCUUCACGCCACAAGGCCUGGGAGAGAGUUUGCAAUGUCCUGUUUGUCUGGGACACAUGCUUUUGUAAAAAAUUAAAAAAAAAAGAAAGAA